UUGUUUUUAGAGUUCAACUUUACUCCCGCAAAAGGACCAUCUUUUUUGGUCGAACGGCUGCUUACAGAUAGUGAAAUCUCUCUUAGAGAGCGACUAACAUGUAAUGUCGACAGAACAGGUUAUCCGCGCAGUCUUAUCAUUUCAUAUAAUGGUUCUCCCCCACGAGUCAUCCUCUCCUGGAAUACGGGUCACAGUAAGGAAAACCUCGCUGGCUGCCUUGACUGGAACUGCCGAAUUAUCUACGAUAGGCAGAAACAACAUUUGGCUGAUGCUGUUUUAUUUGAACACAGUGAUCUCAAUUUUGAGCGUACAAGAAGUGACCAGUACGUGAUAUACUUCAGUCAGGAAUCACCAGCACAUGCUGACGUUGAUAUUUCCCGGCCGGACUACUUCAACUUCUCACUGGGAUUUCGCCACGACACACUGGCGUCCUCACCGUACGGGUAUACGGUAAAGCUCGCCGACAAGUUGGUGCAUUCGGAAGAGGUGGUCGAUAUGGCGACGGUGAAUGGGAAAAAGAAAGGAGCCGCUUGGUUCGUGUCAAACUGCCACACGCACAGCAUGAGAGAGGAGUACGUUAAUGAAUUGAAGAAAUACUUCCCGGUGGAUAUUUAUGGACGGUGCGGUUCGCUGAAAUGUGCGCGAGGAGGCAACUGCGAAAAAAUGCUGGAUGACGAUUACCACUUUUACGUGGCAUUUGAGAAUUCGCUCUGUAAGGACUACAUCACUGAAAAGCUCUGGAAUCAAGGGUAUCAGAGGACUAUCGUGCCGAUAGUAUUAAAGCGCUCGAUUGUGGAGCGGUUCGUACCACCGCACUCGUUCAUAGCUGCCGACGAUUUCGAAAGUCCAAAGGAGAUGGCGCGCUAUCUUCACUACCUCAUGAAUAACAAAACUGCUUAUGCGUAA